AUGGUAGAGAAUUGCACCGAGUUGGCUGGUGAAGAAGGAAAUCCUGGCUAUGUUCGCCUAGUUUCUGGCUUCAUGUUCCCUCGAGACGACGGUGGCCGAUCGUGGAUCAAGGAGGGAUUGGUUCUCAUGGAUCCAGCUUCAUUUAGGUACGUCUAUAGGAUGGAAGCAAGCAACGUGGGCUUAGAUGGGUCUGUUAAUUCACUGGCGCUCGUUGACUACGGGGAAGACACGACACUUGUUAACUGGUCAUUUGAGGUAGAUCCUGUUGCAGGCGCAUCAGAAGAGGGCAUCGUCGACUACCUGGGUUUUGUCUACAAGUCUUGUAUCAACAGAAUUGAGGGGGCCAUAAAGAGUAGCUUGAAGAAAGAUUUGGCGCCUUGA